AUGAAAGAUUUGAAACUUAAAUUGCAUAUUUGCACACCUGAUUACAUCUUUAAAACCAAGAUUUACGAGUUAAGCAAGCUAUCAAUAUUAAACGAAGAAAUCUUAGUUAGAUCAGACAUUAACAAGAAGUAAAAAACGUGUAUCGAUAAUGAAAAUGAUUCUAUUAUUGAAAUCUAGUAUUUAGUAAAUGCCAUAGAAUUGGUGCCGCUUGAGGAAUUUAAGAAAAAAUAAUCAAUGCUUAGAAUAUUUGUCAAAGAAGGUAGUCUGUGGAGAGAUUAGGUUAUGUUCUCAAAAAUAGAUGCUUAAUUAUGUAUAGAAUGUGAUGGUAAAAUUAUAAUGAAAAGUGAAACAUAGUUAAAGAGUGGUAAAAAGCCAGACUUUAGCGAUGAAAAUUUUCAUAUUAUUGUAAAUGAUUUCGACAAGAAGUUGAAGCUUUAGAUUGUUGAUACUGAAUUAGGAGAUGAGGGUAAAAUAGGGGAAGCUAUAAUCAAGAUCACUGAUAUAUACACAAAUAAUUUAUACAACAUUAGAUUUGUUGAUCUGUAUCACAAUGAAGAUAAAAUAGGCAAAAUAAAAAUGCUGUUUUAAUUCAUUACUAUAGAAACUUCGUGUCCUAUUCCUUGUAAUUAAAAUUCUUUAGAAAAGCAAGCAAUAAUUGGAGUACACUGCAUGAAUAUAACCUAAUUUGACAAUAUGAAUAAUUUGUGCCUUAAAAUUAAAAAUUCGUAAUUUUAAAAAGUAAUUCAAACAAAGCAUUAGAGACAAGGAUACUUCCCUAUUAAUUAGAGCAUGGUUCUUAACAAUUUAAUAUUUCAAGAAUAGGAUAACAUUGAUUUUUUACUAAUUAAUCAUUUCGGAAGUGAUGAAUAAUUAAUUGGCCAUACAGGAUUCAACUUAAAAAUGUUCUAAGAUAAAAAUUAUUUCUACUUGCCAGUUUAUUAAAAUGAUUAAGAGAUUGGUCUGAUUCUACUCUCUUUCUUAGUUAUUAAAAAUGAAAAUUGUCAAAUUAGUCAAUCAGUUAUUAUUGAUGAUAAUAAGUUAAAUGGUGAUUAAUUGGGUGAUAUCUAAGGUGAACAAAAAAUAGAAUAAAAUAAUAAAACAUAUCUGAUAUAGGAUGAUAAACAGGCUAUUGAUAAUUAAUUGGAGCAAGAAUAAUAAGUUAAAAGCUAGAAAACAUCUAAUGAGAUAAAAGAAUAUUUAGAUAAUAAAACUGCAAUUACUAAGAAACUUUUAGAUUCAAAUAAUGAUACUAGAUAAUCAGAUUAUAAACACAAUAACUCAAAUCAAUUAAUUAUUGAUAAUCAAUAAGCAACAAUUUAGUAAAGAAGUUAGUUCAAGAAAACCUCAUUAAUAUAAAGCAAUAAGAUCGAUGCUAAAAAUAAUAUUUAAAAGCAAAUAGCGAUGGCUAACAAAGAAUCAAAUGAUAAAAUUUCUAAUUUAGAAACUACAUAGAAUCCUUAAAUGAGAAUAUCCAGAGAAAGUGUGAAUAAAAGAGCAUUAAAUAGCUGA